AUGACUACGCCCAAACAAGCUGUAGAGAGUUUGGAUGGCACAGUUCUGAGUGGCUGCUCGUUAGAUCCUGAACUCAGAAUUCACAAGGCUCUGAUGAUACGUCCAAAUCAUGACUGGUCCUUACGUUCACAACAAAUCAAGGCCUCUCACAGGGGGGUUGGCUCUAAAAGGCCUUGGCAUUGGAGUCGGCAAAAUGUCCAAGAAAAGGGAGUUCCUGGUAGACCCCUGCCUGAUUAUCAACAGCAUCUCUACAGACUCCUGGGCCCCGAGAAAGCCUCUCAUAUUUUAAAUCCACCCAUCUUGGAAAAGCCUAUAAGUGCUCCAGUACAACGCCUGCUGGUGGCUGGCAGAGCCAUAGGGGCCAAGGAGCUCUGGAGGGCCCUGCAUGAGGAACCCAAGUGCCAGCGUCAGCUUGCAGAAGCUAAGAAAGGCCGCUCACUUUCCCACCAGGUACCGUGGCUAGGAUGCCCAGUUUCCACACCUCGGAUGCUGCAAGUGGCCUGUUGGCGGAGGCAGCUGCACACAAUGCACCGUCUUGGAAAGCAGCGCCAGCGUACAGCCAGCUGCCUCCUUGCCACAAAGCACAUUACCGAUCUCAGUGAUCCCUAUGGGACCGAAGGACCCGCUCGGUACCUGCAUUACACCCCAGACAAUAAGCAGGUACUUGGACACAUGCUGAAGGACUAAUAUUGGG